GUUUUCUUUUUUUGGCCGUUCCCUUUAGGACCUUUAGGGUUUCCACGGUGGAUCAUCUACCUGUCACACCAACUCUCUGCAUGUCCUCCUUCACCACAUCCAUGAAUCUUAUUUGAGGUCUUCCUCUUUUCCUCCUGCCUGGCAGCUCCAUAUUUAACAUCCUUUCCUUACUAUCCCUCCUCUGUGCAUGCUCAAACCAUCUCAAACUCACCUCUCUAUUUUUGUCUGACUCGGGUUUUUAUGUACUUGAUGUUAUGUAUUUCCAUGUUAAAAUACUUCACUUAAUAUUUAGUACAAACGUUUAGUUGCUAGUUAAGAUUUAAAAAAUAAUAUAUGAAUGAACAAAUUUAAAUUGUACCAUAUUUUUUAUAUGUGAAACUAUCCAGGAGUAUCUAAAAUAAUCCAGUGCAUCACCAAAUACAAUAGGAGUGUGGGCUUUAAUGACUCAUCAUGACUUAGCAGUUUAAUAUGACUCUAAUACUGACUUUGUUUUAUACUUACACCGUCAUAAUGCUGGUCAUCUUCUAUGAUGACACAGCACGGGCGUAGGAACCGUUUGUUGUCUGGACUGUGUUGCAGGAGGGAAGAAAAUAAAAGCGGGACUUGCUGUCAUGUAGCUGGCCUUCUUGCUGCUGGAUCGAUGCUGCGGACAGAUGCAGGAAAAUCCUCGUGAUUGAUUAACACGGAAUAAAUUUUCGGAGCGUCACACACACAAACCUGGAGAGGCAUCCGCCGGAAGCGGCUCACCCAGGUGGGCGUCAGUGAAGACGGGACAGAGGUCAGAGUGACGCUGAAGUUGUCAGGGUCUGCUGCACAGUGUUUCCUGCAGAUGUUGCAGACUGAGGAAGAGGUUCCGUGGAGCAUGAGUCUGGACCUCGGCAAUAUUAAGGAGGAACAGAAGGAUCUGCUCAAUGACUCGGACGAGGCUGACUUCAUCAGGUUCUCAGUCACUGAUGUUGCUGUGAAGAGCGAAGAUGAUGAAGAUAGACCCCAGUUUUCACAGAGUAAUCAGAGCCCAGCUGAAGAGAAAACCGAGGGAGAGCCUCCAGGCUUGUCUUCUUCUGCUGCUGCUUCACAGCUUGCAGAUGUCCAGCGGAUCUUGGUGAUUAAAGAAGAGGUUCCUUGGAGCUCAUGCCAUGAUGACCUCCUCCACAUUAAGGAGGAACAGGAGGAGCUCAUUCCUGGAUGUGAGGGAGAACAGCUUAAUAGGCCAGAAGAGGAUAACAUCAACAGGUUCCCAUUAACUGCUGUUUCCAUAAAGAGUGAAGAUGAUGAAGAAAAACCCAAGUUCUUCCAGGCAGAGCUUCUAACCAGCAGCUCAGCUAAACAGAUAAAAACAGAAACUGAUGCAGAAGACUGUGAAGCAGCAGAAACAGCCAGGAACGCAGAUCUGAACAGUCAUAUACAGCCGAGGGCUGAUGGAAAGGCUUCAGACUCUUAUGAAACUGAAGUCAGUAUUGAUGAUGACGAUGAUGAAGACGACGAUGAUGACUGGCAGGAACAUUGGUCAGAUUCUGAACUUGAAACAGAAGACAGUGACAGCGGCUGGAAGGAGAGCGGUACUGAUGAGUCGGAAGUAAAAAGUGAUAUGAGAAGGGAGUCAGCAGAAGGGUCUACCAGCUGUUUGGUUAGUAAGAAAUGUUUUAGGGUGAAGCAAAAUGCAGAGUCACACAUGACAGUCCUCACAGGAGAGAAACCAUUUAGCUGCAAUGUUUGUAAAAAAAAAUUUAGAGAUCUGUACAACUUUAAUAGACACAUGAGAGGCCACACAGGAGAGAAACCAUUUAGCUGUGAUGUUUGUGAAAAAAAAUUUAGAGAUCAGUAUUAUCUUAAGACACACAUGAGAAUCCACACUGGAGAGAAGCUUUUCACGUGCAGUGUUUGUGACAAAAGAUUCACACAGAGUUUAAAUUUCAAGACACACAUGAGAAUUCACACGGGAGAGAAACCAUUUAGUUGUGAGUUUUGUGGAAAACGGUUUAACCAAGAGGGAAAUUUGAAGAUGCACAAAAGACUCCACACUGGAGAGAAACCAUUUGGUUGUGAUUUUUGUGGCAAAAGAUUUCACCAAGAGGGAAAUCUGAAGAUGCACAAAGCACUCCACACGGGGGAGAAACCGUUUGGUUGUGGGGUGUGUCAUAAAAGAUUUUCACAACUAGGUGAUCUCAAAAGACAUGAGACUGUGCAUGCAGUGGACAAACCAUUUAACUGUAGUAUUUGUGGUAUAAAUUUUACCCAGAAAAAGUAUUUCGAGAGACACAUGAAUGUCCAUUCAGGGGAGAGACCUUUUGGUUGUGAUGUUUGCGGUAAAAGAUUUAACACUAAGCGAAAUCUUGAGAUGCACACCAGAGUCCAUACAGGAGAGAAACCGUUUGGUUGCGAUGUUUGUAGUAAAAGAUUUUCACAGAUGGGAAUUUUAAGGAGACACAUGAAAGUUCACAUGGCAGAGAGACCAUUUGGUUGUGACACUUGUAAUAGAAGAUUUAACAAUAAGAGGAAUUAUGAGACACACAUGAGAGUCCACACAGGAGACAAACCAUUUGUUUGUGAAGUUUGUGGCAAUCAGUUUGCACAGCUAGGAAUACUGAAAAGACACAUGCUAAUUCACGCAGGAAAGAAACCAUUUGGUUGUGAUGUUUGUAAGAAAAGAUAUUUACGAGUAGAGGAUCUAAAAAGACACCAGAGUAUCCACACAUAAGAACAUUCAGUUGUUAAUAUGAUGAAAGAUUUAAAUGUAAAAAACAUUUCAAGACAUACCUGAGGGAAAUAGUUUUGUUGUGAUCAUGUUAAAUACCGCCCUCUGGUUGUGAUGAAAAAUUAAUCAAAGUUUGUUGGGGGCUUUUUUAAUUGGAAAAUUUUGCCUUAACCAAAUCUGUGUUUACAGUAUGACGGUUACAUCUCUUAAAUAUGCAACAUUGUUCAAAGCAAAGCUAUAAUGGGAA